AUAAAUCUGCAUUCUGUAGCUAACACCCAACCACACCUCCACAAAAUCACAAGCUUCAAUUUGGUGAUUCCAUUUUCCGGUGGCCAUGGCAUCCUAUGACACCACGUUUUCUCCAGCUGCAGCCGCCGAGGAACCAUUAAAGAGGUCCGCACCACCACCAGAAUACAAGGGUGAUUGCAGUCCGGUGGUUGAUGUUGCCUUAAGGGUUUUGCUUUUCUUAACAGCCUUGGUUUCAAUCAUUGUCAUGGUAACUUCAAACCAAACCAAACUGAUUCCACUUGCACCAGGCUUGGCAAUACGAUUGCCUGCAAAGUUCGAGCAUUCCCCAGCUUUCAUAUACUUUGUAGUUGCACUCUCGGUGGCUUGCUUGUAUAGCAUAAUCACAGCUGUGCUAUCGCUUUUGUCAGCGAUGAAGCCCAGUGGAUGCUCCGCAAAAAUGCAGUUUCAUUUUGUGAUGUUCGAUGCUCUGCUGUUGGGGAUUGUGGCUGCAGCAACAGGAGCAGCAGGAGGAGUGGCAUAUAUUGGAUUCAAAGGGAACUCUCAUACCGGAUGGAGCAAGAUCUGCAACACGUACGAUUCCUUCUGCUUCCACGUUGCAGCCUCCAUUCUUCUGUCCCUCAUAUCCUCCAUAACUCUUCUACUGCUCGUUUGGCUCUCCAUAUAUGUGCUUUACAAGAAGACCACAAGGCGAUAGUAGAUCAACACCAAAUGGAUUCUUUACCCAUGUAUGAGUUUCAUGUUAUUAGCCUUUAGUCAUUCAAAUUCUAUCUAUUUUUUUUUUCUUUGUGCAAAUUUAUGUUUGGAAGAUAAAACGGGAUUGUUGUUGAUUACUUUGUGAUACAAGAGUGUGAAAGGA